AUGAGCCUACAUGAUACAGUCGAUUCAGCCUGGCUAGCUGAGCCGUGCGUUCGUCCGACAGACACCAGGGCCCAUUCUGAAGCUGAGUCCUGCUUGUCGCUAGGGCACCUGAUGGGCUCAGAUGAGAAGACCUCAUUUGGGCCUCGUUGCCAUGACUACAGAGUCAGUAGAGGACGUGUUCACCUGGGCCUGACGGCCACUUUUUCGACCGGGAGGCGAGAGUUUGUCUUCGUGUUUUUGGUGAAUUAUCGUUGGCCAUGGGGCCCUGCUCUGACGAUGCCCGUCACACGACGGAGCAAUCGGGGUCACAGGGCGGUGCGCCGAGGAUCUAUUCGCACAAAUCUACAACCACACCUUCAAGACAAUCCCUCUACAGGCUCCGGUGGAACCAACUUACCAAUCCCUCAAACUAGCCUCUUCUAA